AUGUGGUUUAGCAAUAGGAGAGCCAAAGAGAGGGCCUGUGAGAAGAAAGCAAUGCCCAGGAGCAUACCAGGUGCGAAAGCACAGAUGAUCUUGCCCGCUGGAGAGGGAAGAAAUGGGGAAGAGAGUGAACGGUCGUCCCCUGGGCAGGAGGCUUCAGCAACAAAAUGGGGAGAAGUAGAAGAACUGGGAGAAAGGGACAGAACGGGGAGUGAUGGAGAAAAUCUUUCUGCUGUAGGAACUUCAGGCAUCAGGAAUGACUGGGACAAAGAGGGUGCCAGCAGCAGUAGGCAGAAGAAUGAGAGUCGGCCUCAGAAGCCAGUCCCUGAGUGUAGGUGGGGCAUGGAGGAUGUACAGCCAGUGCCAGUACUGAUUCCCCGUGUACAACGGAUACAACUUGUGCAAUCCCGGGUACAGUCGGUGCCCCUAAAGGUACCUGUUGUACGGCCUGUGCCCAUUCCUGCGCUCAGUGUACAGCCUAUACCAAUCAGUGUGCCCAAGGUCCAGCCUAUGCCCAUUACUGUGCCCCAAGUACAGGCUAUACCACCUGCUGUGCCCCCAGCACAGCCUGUGCCAACCACUGUGUCCCAGGACCCCACUGGGCCCAUUCCUGAGCCCCAUGUACAACCUGUGCCAGUUACUGCUCCCCCACCACAGCCUGUGCCACUUACUACUCCCCCACCACAGCCUGUGCCAGUUACUGCUCCCCCACCACAGGGUAUGUCAAUCAGAGUGCCCCAUGUACAGCCUGUGCCAGUUACUGCUCCCCCAUCACAGGCUAUGCCAAUCAGAGUGCCCCAUGUACAGCCUGUGCCAGUUACUACUCCCCCAUCACAGGCUAUGCCUAUCCGAGUGCCCCAUGUACAGCCUGUGCCAGUUUCUGCUCCCCCAUCACAGGCUAUGCCAAUUAGAGUGCCCCAGGUACAGCCUGUGUCAGUUACUGCUCCUCUAUCACAGGGUAUGUCAAUCAGAGUACCCCAUGUACAGCCUGUGCCAGUUACUGCUCCUCUAUCACAGGGUAUGCCAGUCAGAGUGCCCCAUGUACAGCCUGUGCCAGUUUCUGCUCCUCUAUCACAGGCUAUGCCUAUCCGAGUGCCCCAUGUACAGCCUGUGCCAGUUACUGCUCUCCCACCACAGCCUGUGCCACUUACUGCUCCCACACCAUGGGCUGUGCCUACCAGACUGCCCCAUGCACAGCCUGUGCCAGUUACUCCUGCCCCGCCACAGACUAUGCCAGUCAGAGUGCCCCAUGUACAGCCUUUGCCACGUACUGCUCCUCUAUCACAGGCUAUACCAAUUAGAGUGCCCCAUGUACAGCCUGUGCCAGUUACUACUCCCCCAUCACAGACUAUGGCACUUACUGCUCCGAGAUCACAGGCUAUGCCAAUCACAGUGCCCCAUGUACAGCCUGUGCCCAUUUCUCUGCCUCAUGUACGGCCCAUGCCCAUUCCUUGGCAUUAUGUACAGCCUAUGCCAGAUUCUGUGCCCCAUGUACAGCCUAUGGCACUCACUGUGCCUCAUGCACGUCAUAUGCCUGUGCCUGUGCCCCAUGUACACCCCAUGCCUGUUACAGUGCCCCAUGUACAGCCUAUGCCUUUUCCUGUGCCCCAGGCACUGUCUAUGCCUUUUCCUGUGCCCCAGGCACUGUCUAUGCCUUUUCCUGUGCCCCAGGCACUGUCUAUGCCUUUUCCUGUGCACCAGGCACUGUCUAUGCCUGUUCCUGUGCCUGUGCCCCAGGUACAGCCUGUGCCAGUCACUGUGCCUCACACACAGCGUAUACGUGGGCCUGUGCCCCGUGUACAGACAUUGCCUCCUUCUGUGACACAGUCAGAGUCUAUACCUGUUACUGUGUCCUCCAUACAGCCUAAGCCAACCACUGUGCCUCGCGCACACCGUAUAUGUGUGCCCCACGUACAGAUAUUGCCUCCUCCUGUGACACAGUCAGAGUCUAUGGCUGAUACUGUGUCCCCCCUACAGCCUAUGCCAGUCACUGUGCCUCAUGCACAGCGUAUACGUGGGCCUGUGCCCUGUGUACAGACAUUGCCUAAUUCUGUGCCACAGUCAGAGUCUAUGGCUGUUACUGUGCCCACUGCACAGACUAUGCCACCCACUGUGCCUCACAAAGAGCGUAUGCCUGGGCCAGGGCCCCAUGUACAGUCGUUGCUUCCUCCUGUGCCCCACGAACAUCCUAUGCCAUUCACUGUGCACCAAGCACAGCCUAUGCCAGUAUCUGUGUCCAAUGCACAGCAUAUACCAGCUAAGGAGUCUAGCACACCACAUGUGCCAGUGCCCCGUGAACAGACUUCACCAGUCGGGAUGAACUGUGUACGGCCCAUACCAAAUGCAGCACCUCGCAUAAGGCCGGUGGCAGUUUCGGCGACCACUGUACAGCCUGAGCCAGUGCUGGUGCCUCGCCGCCAUCUCCAUGACAGAUUUACAGACCCAGAGCUGCAGGAGCUGGAACGCGUUUUCCAGAGGAAUCACUAUCUCAGUGCUGAAGAAAGAAAAGAGCUGGCAAGGGUGAUGGGCGUGAGUGAGGCCAAAGUGCAGAGAUGGUUUAAGAAGAGGAGAGAACACUUCAGGAGAGAACAAAGUCAGUCAGGUGGUGCUCCUCCUGGGAAUACUCCACCUCUCUCUGAAGAUGGCGCAGGAGCCCUAGUGUACCACCCUUGACCUAGAGCCACUGGCAGACGCCUGCUUUCUUCCACCAACAUGUUAUUGCCUCUUUAUCCCCUAAGCACUUGUAUUUGAAAUAAAUAGAUUCUCUGUUUAUUUGCUUCCUGUGUCUUCUGGAUUAGUACGGCA